AUGGAGCGCCCUCCGCGGGCGCCCGCGCCCGAAGCGGCCGGCGCCCCGCCACGUCGCGAUGCAUCUUCGGGGGAGACGCAGCACGAGCCGCGGCCUGCGCGCGGCCGGGCGCACCUCGGCGGGCCCCCGGCGCGUGCCGCGCGGCCGGGCGCGCGGGCGCGGGAGGUGCCCGCGCGGCCCGGGCGGCCGGCCAGCGGGCCCACGACGCCACUCCGAGGGCCAGAGGGCCGGCCGAGCAGCUCCGAGGCGGGCACUGAGCCACGACCACCGCCGGGAGGGUCGGUGUUCGGAGCCUCGGCGGGCGGUGGAGGUGGACAUGUUUCGCAGGCCUAG